GGCGGGAGCCUGUGAAUGCCACGGACUGACACAUCGACGCCUUUGAGACCGAAAAGUCUAGAUCUAGCUCAUCGUUUGCCGCAGCAUGGCUGGACAGUGAAGCCGUUGUUGAAGAAGGUCUCUGCGGCGUCCGCAUCCAUAGUCCCUCACGCACGUAUCGACUGAACGCAAACUUCAGAACAAGAUGGUCACGUCUCAAUCACGACUGUUCAGCAUCAGCCUUGCCCAUACAGAUCCAUUGGCUUCGGCGCGGCACAGCAUAUUUCUACGGCAGCAGCUCCAUACGUCUGCUUGAGCUCACCCAUUCGGUCGAUCGUUGCGUCUGAGUAUUUUAGGCCAUCAACAGCUGCAAGGACUCCCGUGAUGGCGUCUAUAUUCACCUUUGAUCCUGACCCUCCGCGUGUCUCCUCGCCGUGGUCAACGCCACGCACCAGCACGCCGGCACCCAUCACUAGAUUAGAGGCUGAGCCGCAAGAAGGGCCAACAGAAUACAAGCUGCAUCUGCUACUACGACGGCGUCGAGAUUAUCAUACCAGCAGCACUUCUCUCCAUGUCUCGGGCCCAAACCGCCCCGUUUCGGCUUCGCCGAAGUCAAGGUUGCCCUCAGAGAUACCAAACAAAUCCCCACCUUUGCAAACAAAGUCUACUCAGACGCGACAGCAAAGAUUGGAGCAAUUGACAACACAGCUUCUCUGGAGGCUGCAACAAUCAUGCCCUCAUCACUCCACAUCUGCGACAAAGCAGAUCACUCCCUCUUUCCCCUCGGCGAGUGAGAUCUCCACCGGGGUGAAUGUUGGACCUGUGGUCGCAGGGCUGGAGGAGAGUCGUGGUGCGCUCUAUGAGAUUGGAGUGGCCGAUGAUGGAACCUUUGUUGGUCUUACGGAAGACGAGAUGACUGAAAGUCUCCAGAACCUCAGAGCCAUGGCUGCAAGCCUGGGCUGCAUUGUCGAGAUUCUACGGAAAGUAUGUGUGGGAAGUUGUGAGUACUACGACGGAGACAGCGGCAAGGAGAAUCAGCAACUUCGUACGGAAAACUUGUGGGUUGUUGAGGCAUACGUCAAGCCCAACACUGCGGCCUUGACUGGCUCUCGUGACGGACAAAGUAGCCGGGCUUCCGCGACCAAUGUGUGGUCGGACGGUGAAGCACAUGAUGAGGUUCGGGCAGCAACACAACUGAAAAUCUCGCUUACUGGUGCGACCAUGUCUGGCAAAAGCACCUUGCUUGGUAGUCUGACCACUGCGACGUUGGACAAUGGUCGCGGCAAAGGCCGGCUAAACCUGCUCAAGCAUCGACAUGAAAUCGUCUCCGGUAUGACCAGCUCCGUCACCCAAGAGCUAUUGGGCUACGUUCCAGACAGCGAGGGAACAGUGCAAGUGGUGAACUAUGCUUCUGAUAAUGUCUCAUCCUGGACGGACAUACAUGCACUCUGCAAGUCUGGCCGAAUUGUUCUUCUUUCAGACUCUGCGGGACAUCCACGCUACCGGAGAACGACCCUUCGCGGGAUUAUUGGAUGGUGUCCGGACUGGACCUUGCUCUGCAUUCCUGCCGACAACGCAGAGGACACAACUGGAUUGGUGGGAAGCACCCCGCCUGCUGAAGAAGUUUUAGGGGUUGCGUCUGUUGACGUCGAUCUGUCGCAGGCACACCUUGAUUUAUGUCUCAAGCUUGAUUUGCGGUUGGUGAUCGUAGUGACAAAGCUCGAUUUGGCGUCCAAGGGAGGUUUAAGGCAGACUCUGGCCAAAGUUCUGUCGACACUCAAGGCCGCAGGGCGAACGCCCUCGAUCUUGGCGAAUCCUUCUGGCGCAGAUGAGGAUCUGAUGACCAUCCCGGCCAGUAUCCACAAAAUCUGCCGUGAGACCGUUUCAUCACUGACAGACACCCGUGUGGUGCCUAUCGUCCUCACAAGCGCUGUCAAGGGGAUCAACGUGACGACACUACACUCCUUGCUCUACCAACUUCCACUACCUACACCUCCAAGUCAGAGAGUACAUGGCGAAGCGUCAACGUUGUUCCACAUCGAAGAGACUUACAAGUCAAGACUUUACGGGGACCAGGCGAACGAGCUCCCUGUCUUAAGCGGUAUUUUCGCUCGUGGCAAGCUAUCCGUCGGUGACGAAGUAUGGCUCGGUCCGUUUAUGACGGAGUCACCGUCGGAGCAACAUGACACCAAGUCCGAAGCCUCCAAACGGCCAUCGAUUCCAACCUCACGUUCUUUUCCCGGAGCUCUUACUCCUGCAAGAGGCCUUCCAGGCCCCGAAUCGUCACCUUCAGAUGAAUGGCUCAAGGUCCGCAUCAUCAGCCUAAGGUACCUCCGUCUGCCUGUCACGACGCUCGUUGGGGGUCAAGUUGGGACCGUUGGCAUAGAAGCCGCCGAUGCCCGUAAUGCAGCCUCUGCGUCCAGUAACAGAAUUAGGAAGGGCAUGGUAUUAGCAACGCCUCCGCCGACAGGAAGAAAAGGCUUCGUCGCAGAGUUUGCGCGCAAAGACGUUGACAUCCUUUCCAUUGGAAUGAGUGUGGUUGUCUAUGUUGCUAGUGUCAGGGGUUCUGCCAAAGUUGUUGCUGGCGCCGUUCCCGAUGAUGAGCCUCUGGAAUCAUCGAUGGAAAGCUUGCUGGAUCACCCGAACGAAGACGAAGAAGAAGAAGAGGGCUUCGCAUUCAAUUUCGACGGCGACCAGGCGCCUGACGAGAAGCCGGUGCCAAACAAGGACGACAAGGAGCGUCACUUGCAUGUUACUUUUCAAUUCAUCGCAACGAAAGAAUACUUGGAUAUCGGUUCACAGGUUCUCGUGAUGCCCGGUGGGGGACCCGGCAUUUAUGGAGGGAAUGAACGUGGUGAGAAAGGGAUUGCAGGGCUGGACGGAUUUGUUGGUACCAUUAUCAGCGCAUAUUGAUUGGGUUUCGAAAGCGUUCGCUGUAGGGAAGCGCUGAAGAUCCAUGCACCUCUUCAUGAUUCUAAAAAGACGAAACACUAUAUGCCUAGAAGCAAGAAACAUGUUAAAGUGAAUGAAAUUUGCCUAUAGA